AUAACUUUUUCUCGGUGGAAGUGGAAGAAAGUAGAUAGAAAUCAACCAAGAUGGCUGCUACCAAUACUAUGGACGCUAUCAAAAAGAAGAUGCAGUCGAUGAAGCUGGAAAAGGAGUCUGCAUUGGACAAAGCCGAUCAAUUCGAGCAAAAUCUGAAGGAUCAACAAGACAAGAACGCCAAGCAAGAAGAAGAAAUCAACGAUCUACAGAAAAGAAUAAAUCAACUGGAGGGUGAGUUAGAUCAAUCUCAGACUCAAUUGGAAGAGGCCACCCAAAAAUUGGAAGAAACCGAGAAAAAACAUAACAACAUAAGAAAACAGAAAUCUGAUGAAAAGCAGAUCGACAGGGAGGGCGAUGCCUCAUCAACAAAAAAAAGGAAAAAGAUCCUUGUUUCACGGAAAGAUUGUCCUAUUCAUGCCAAAUAUAGGAGAGGUGCUUCAAUUGAAUCGAUUCCGGAAGGUAACGAAUGCAGAUGCCGCAUAAAGACCACAAAAACUUCUAAGAGACCAACAAUGAAAAAUUCAUUAUCCGGCACGCCCUCUUCUCUCAGCCAAUCAGUUACCUCUACAGAAAGACGUCCAGAACCUGAAGGCAGUUGUCUUCCAACAAAUAUUGACUCAAGUUCUUAUAUACUCAACGAUUAUUCCCUCUUUUCCGAUUGCGAAGACGUUGGAGAAGAUCUUGACGUUAGAGAAGAAUUAGAAAAGUUACACUCCAAAUAUAAAGGCUUAUUUAGCGUUGCCUAUCUUCUCAAAUCAACGUCAUCUCUAAAGUUUACCAUAAUUGGCUCGGAAUUGAAAAAUAUAAGCUACUGUUUAAAAAGGGCCGAAGCAGAAGUAGGUGCUUUGACUCGUCGAAUUAAGCUCUUAGAAGAGGAUUUCGAGCAGACUGCUUCGCGGUUAGAUUCGGCAACAGAGACGCUUGACAAAGCAUCUAAAACAGCCGAAGAUACUGAAAGAGAAAGAAAGUUAUUGGAAAGCCGAUCUUUGGCUGAUGACGAAAGAAUUGAUACGCUCGAAACGCAGCUGAAAGAGGCCAAGUUCAUAGCCGAAGACGCCGAUCGCAAAUAUGAUGAGGCAGCUAGAAAGUUGGCCAUUACAGAAGUGGAUCUUGAAAGAGCAGAAGCCCGCUUGGAGGCUGCUGAAGGAAAAAUAAUUGAAUUGGAGGAAGAAUUGAAGGUUGUAGGCAACAACAUGAAAUCCUUGGAAAUUAGCGAACAGGAGGCAUCGCAAAGAGAGGAAAGCUACGAGGAAUCGAUCAGGGAUCUGACGUCGCGUCUGAAGGAGGCAGAACACCGUGCCACCGAGGCUGAGAGAGCCGUUUCGAAAUUGCAGAAGGAGAUCGACCGAUUGGAGGAUGAACUUCUCGCCGAGAAGGAGAAAUACAAGGCAAUCAGCGAAAAUUUGGAUCAAACCUUUACCGAAUUGGCUGGCUUUUAA